AUUGGAUAGGAGUAAAUGGCUAGAGAGGGAAGAAGCAUUGAGCUCAGUAGACGGUUUUUAGAAACAUCAUUAGAAAACGACAACACAAAAAGAAAACGUUGUAAUAAACGUAUAGUAGGAUUAAAAAACAACAACAACUAAUCUAAUCUUAAAAAGGAAUACAAGUAAAGUCAGACUUUUGAAAGUUAAAGAGCAACUCUGAAGUUGAUGUGAAGAAAUUUCCUCCUAAAGAAGACUCAACAAAAGUGAAUCAGCAGACAUGGCACCCUCUCUUCGCCAGGCCUACAGGAGGCGUUGGUGGAUGGCAAUAACAGCGGUGAUUGAAAACCUGCUGUGUUCAGCCGUGCUUUUGGGCUGGGGCUCCCUUCUGAUCAUGCUGAAGAGAGAAGGUUUCUACUCCCACCUGUGCUCAGAGAACGACUCUGUGGUCGUGUCGAUCGGUAAUUCCUCCGAUGGUCAUGCGGAUCACUGGCUUACCUGCGUGGACCAGGAAGAGAUGCUGAAUCUCGGCUUCACCAUUGGGUCCUUUCUGCUUAGCGCCACAACCCUGCCACUCGGCAUUCUGAUGGACAAGUUCGGUCCACGUCCCAUACGACUGAUGGGCAGCUCAUUAUUUGGUCUUUCAUGCAUCAUUAUGGCCGCGUCUGUCUAUAACCCUCAUGCUUUAUCGGCGCUCAUCUUUUUGGCGCUUUCCCUAAACGGCUUUGGAGGCAUCUGCCUGACCUUCACCUCCAUCACGCUUCCUAACAUGUUUGGUGCGAUGAGCUCCACUAUCAUGUCGCUGAUGAUCGGCUCCUACGCCUCCUCUGCUGUCACCUUCCCUGGCGUAAAGGUGAUCUACGAUGCAGGUGCAUCUUUCCAGUUGAUCAUGUGGAUGUGGGCAGGCCUCGCAGGCCUUGUGUUCAUAAACUGUUUCUUCAACUGGCCCAUAGAAGGUUUCCCGACACCAGACGAAGUCGACUACAGCAAAAUUCUCACAAAGAAAGAGCUGCCUUCAUCUGAGGAAAAGAGCAUCACAGAAAACCAUAAAAAUGGAGAUGUUCAUCACUCUGCAGAGAAGCUUCCAAAUGGACCAAGUACUAGCCCCAAUGGUGUUCCCUUCCGCCGGUCUGUGUUCUCCCCCAUCUUUCUUUGGAGUCUGGUUACAAUGGGUAUGACCCAGCUGAGGAUCAUCUUCUAUAUGGGAGCAAUGAACAAGAUGCUGGAGUUCCUGGUGACUCAUGGGAAAGACCACCCAUCAGAGAAGCUGGUGUCAGAGGCAGAAGAGACAGUGAAUUUCUACGCAUCGAUCUUUGGUACGAUGCAGCUGCUAUGUCUGGUCACCUGCCCUCUGAUUGGUUACAUCAUGGACUGGAGGAUGAAGGAGUGUGCUGAUGCCACAGCUGUCUCUUCAGGAGAAGAGAAAAGUGGACCUCAAAGAGACCGUAAGAUCCAGAAAAUAACCAACGCCAUGAGGGCCUUCAUCCUCACCAACAUGCUGCUAAUCAUUUUUGGAAUCUGCUGCCUUAUCGAAAACCUGCCUCUACAGUUUUUGACCUUCAUCCUCCACACCAUGGUACGAGGCUUCAUCCACUCGUGCUGCGGGGGCCUCUAUGCUGCUGUCUAUCCAUCCAACCACUUUGGCACCCUAACUGGCCUCCAGUCCCUUAUUAGUGCUGUGGUAGCUCUGCUGCAGCAGCCGCUUUUCAUCAUUAUGGUCGGGCAUCUCCAUGGAAACGGCUACUGGAUCAAUGUGGGCCUGCUGAUCUUCUCCUUCGCCGGCUUCCUGUUGCCAGGUUACCUGUUCCUCCACCGUAAAAACCUGCUGAAAGAAAAGGCUGUCAGAGACAAGCAGCCGGCCUGUCAGGAGAUGCAAGCCCUCAAGCACGCUGAAGCCAACGGCCACAAACCUCACAGCAAUGGAGUCACUGCUACUGACGCCUAGACCUCCACAGAGUAGAAGACUGGGGGAACUUUUUAAAAACAAUAUUUUCUUUUGACCAGAAAAUUCUUUAUUGCUGGUGUCAAUGUUGCUUGUCACCAAGGUAUCUUGUUACCAUAAAGCUCGUAAAGGGACAUAGAAGUAAAAAAAAAAAAAAAAAUUAGUACUGGUUUCCUAUGCACACAAGAAAGUAACUGAUGAUUGGGAGAAAGUAUUUGGUAUACACAAGAAACAUCCUGAAUUGAGUCUGAGGCUCUACCAGGCACAAAGAGUCCUUUGGCCCUUUAAAAUGACCAGAGGCUCAAAGAGGGCUGCAUGGCGUCCACACCUUUCUGCUGAUCAAUCCCCCGUCCCGUUCUUGCUCUGCCUCCUGGUGGCUUGUCCCGCCCCGCUCCCGCUGCAGCACAGCUCUGGGAGCCGGGUAGCACCCAUCUUGCCCUCCUGUCUGUCUUCCUUUCUCAUUCUGGUGCUCUCCCUCUAUUUUCAUCCUGGUCUCUUAUUAAAGCCAAUCCAUGCCAGACACUAAGUGGGCAUCCAUUGCCUGUUCUGCAAUUACGAAGUUCAAGGUCCUCAGACUUUCCGCUCACAGCGUUACAGUCUAGAACAAAACCCAGAAUUAACACAAUAAAAACACAACCCGUCACAAGGACGUGAAAUUAUUGAGUUUUAUUUUACUUUGGCGCUUUGCAUGUCCAGCGUCACCGUCAUGUUAUCUCUGAACUUCCCCUAAAACUAAGUUCUGCAGUCAUAAGGUUUGUUUCAGUGCAGGGAAUACACCUGCUUUGAUCAACUGCAGCGCUACACAUACGUUUCUUACUCAUGAACACCAAAUACUUUCUCUCGUGCAAGAGAAAUCAGUACUAAUUUUCUUUGUACUUUUAUCUCCCUUUAGAAGCUCUAUAUGUUACAACAUAGAGUGGACUUUUUUAGCUUGUGAUUUCGGGAGUGCAUGUGUCAUCAACAUUUGUUGCUGUUUAUUUAUUUUUGCUUUAGGUCCAAGAGCCAAAUUAGUGUCAGUCAAAGCCAUAAAGGAAGAGUGCAGGCAUAUGCAAAGACAGGCCGAGAAUAUCACUAUACUUGAAAUACUAUCCAUUAGUUUUCCGACAAUCAACACAACACUUGCUAGCACCAAAGAGCAACCAAAAGAUAUGAAAAAAGUUAUACUGUUUAUCUGGUGUUUGAUGAAAGUGUGCCUAAUUAUUCAGUCUGUACAGAUGUUUGUGAUGUUUCUCCCACACUUCCAUUGCAAAUGCAUAAUCAAGGGCACGUUUUGAUCAUUUUAGACAGUAGUAUAUGAUAUUUUGAGUCCAGCCUGUUUUGACACAUUUACAGACACCCGCUUGUCAAGAUGCCACAUCUACCUCCUUUCUAUCCUCAGUCCUAAACACAAGCCUUUCUCGGUCUAUUUUUUCCCACAUUACUAUAAAUGUAAACAAUCCAAAGGACAAGACGAUACUUUUUACCACACUCAAGUUAGGGGGGUAAAGUAACGUCCUGAAAGUUCUUCAGGUGUGACCUAAUGUUGGCUGGGGCUGGGGGAUUGUCCUCAGGUGGGAGGUGGGGAACACAGCUUGGACCUAACAUUUCUGUAAAUCUGUUUUACACAGAACAAAUUUCUAAAGGAAAAGUAUGAGUGACGUGAAUCACUGUGACACACAGUGUGUGUUGGUACUUUGGAACACUUUAGCCUGCCCUGUGUGCAGAAAUGAACUCGUUUGUGUGUAAAACUUGUAUUCAAGUGUCUCUUUGCACUUUAGGUGCAAUAGCAAUGAAAAGGGAAUAGUAUUUUCUUAGAUGCUUGAUAGAAAAACACUAAUGAUUUUCCAUCAGCUUCACGUGUUCCCCUUCAUUUAGAAGCAACAAAAAUUCUCCAAAAUUGAUUUUUAUUUUUUUGUAAAUAUCACAUUUGUUGCAUAUUUUUGUAAAGUAUUUCUGUUGCUUUUCUGGCUAUGGAUGUGUAAAGUAUUUUAAAGUAUGAUACCUGAAUUAUGAGGUUUUUUUUUUAAUGUAGUCUCACAUUUCACAUGAAACCAGACCCCCUACCUGCACCCUGCCAUUGUUCUGUUAGUCAGCUGCAGAAAAACCGGCCGUCGAGGCAAACAAAAAAUCCAUUAUGUAUAUUUUGGAAAAGUCAAAAGAUCUGAUGCAUUGUAUAUUUUUAGUGCUGUGUGGUUUAGUCUUUCCUGUUUUCAUUUGAAAUGAAUUCUGCUUUUUAACUUUUGAUUUUCUCCUGCCUGUCCUAAAGUAGAAUUUAAGAUUGACCAAAUGUAUUUCUUUGAAUGUCAAAGCCAUCUUUUGGUACUGUAAACAUGGUUAAUUGCUCAGAAGUUGACCUCAGGAUAGUAUAGUCUGCUGACGUCACAAGUUUGAUUAGUUCUGGUUUUGCUUACGUUUGGGUUUCUUAGAAUAAAAAAAAAAAACUUUCUUUUUUA